AUGCAUCUAACACAGGCAGAAAAGGACUCAGUCACUGAAGGAGUACAAGGAAUAGGGGAGCAGAUGGGUACUCUCAGUGCUAAUGGUGAGGGGAACAGAGUGAAGGGUCGAGCUUUAGUGGAUCAAAGGGUAGUGCAGGAGUGGGUGCCACCACAGUCUUCACAGCUGGUAUCAGAGGAAGGAGAGCUCAUUCAAAUCAGGGAAUGGCUGAUCAAAAACAAGCACAACACAUGGCAAACUGUCUUUAUACAGGUUGAGAAUGAGAGGGUUCGGCAAAAACUGAAUGACCAAGCUAUUUUCAACUCUGACCUUGCUGUGGUGGCUGAAGAUAUUUUCCUCUUUAAUGUUAAGGAUGGCCAUCUUGGUCUUAGAGGGGUGUAUGUAGCUCACCCUGGAUUUUCUGCUCCUUUGCUAAGUUGUCUUAGUCGAAGGGUAGGGAUAUGUAACCUGGUGGUUAUUCCUGUAUGUACAUUAUGA